AUGGCUUUCCACAUCUCGACCUUUGACUACUCCAACCCAGACUGGGCCGUGCCUCUUGCCGUUUCAAUCUUCUUCUUCUACAUCGCCUGGCCUGUUUUGUACAAUCUCGUUCUCAGCCCAGUGGCCAGCAUUCCGGGUCCAAAGCUUGCGGGCCUGACGCGAUGGGUGGAAACAUACCACGAGUGCUUCAACAAGCAGGGAGGACGCUUUCAGUGGGCGUAUCGACAAUGGCACGACUUCUACGGACCGAUCAUCCGCAUUGCCCCCAACGAGAUUCAUAUCCGUGACUCGGACUUUUACGACAAACUCUACUCUCACAAGCCCCAGGACAAGACCCAUCGACUCCAUAAUCGAUUCGAUUCGAAAACUUCCAUCUUCGAUACAACGCAUCAUCAGCUCCACGCAAAACGUCGUGCCGUCCUGGAGGGCUUCUUCUCCAGGAAGCGUAUCUCUGAGCAGACUCCAGAGAUGCAAGUACACCUCGAUCGGUUGUGCCAGAUUAUACGGAACCAGUACCUUGGGACGGGUGCGAUCCUUUCUACAGAGGAUAUGUGGAGUUGUUGGACGUCAGACAUCAUCGCCGCAUACUCGUUCGGCGACGAUGACAAUUUGAUUGGUUUGCCGGGCUUCAAGUCGCCGCUGAGGGAUUCUCUGAACGAACUUCUCGAGCCAAUGCACUGGAUCGUACAGUUUCCGAUCCUGAAGCGUAUCUUGUUCAGUCUUCCUCAGUGGUUUGUGCUGAUCAUCAACCCGUCUAUCCGACCAGUGAUCGCCAUGAAGAAUGGCGUUCUCCGCCGGAUCCAAGAUGUCAGGAACAGCGUCCGUCAAUCCCCCGAUGGCGACCACGCCGACACCAUAUUUGGAACCAUCAUAACGUCCGACCUGCCAACAUCUGAGGGAUCCAAUGAGCGCCUCAAGGAUGAAGGGAUCGGGCUGCUGGGAGCGGGGACUGAAACAACGAUGCGGACGCUUUCGCUCGCUCUAUAUUAUCUCUGCGAACAACCAGCGGCGAAAGCCAAACUCUUGGCCGAGCUGAAGGAAGCAAUUCCCGACCCGAACGUCAUCCCACAUUGGGACGUAUUGGCGAAGCUUCCCUACCUUGCAGCAUGUCUGAGUGAAGCGAUGCGUUUGUCGUACGGUGCCUCUCAGCGUCUGAUACGAGUUUUCGAUCAGCCCGUCAUGUACGGACAGUAUGUGAUACCCGCUGGGAUUGAAGUCGGCAUGGACAUCUGGGACGUUUGUCACGACGAGUCGAAAUUCCCGCAAAGCCAUGAAUACCGCCCAGAAAGGUGGCUGGAGGAUGAGCAGUUGUCGCGAUAUCUCGUGGUUUUCGGCCGGGGCCCGCGCUCUUGCAUUGGGCGUCAGCUCGCGUAUGCGGAAUCAUGCCUCGGACUGGCCACAUUCGUGAGACGAUUCGACUACGAGCUGUACCGCACGACACGUGUGAAUGUUGCCUUUGAGCGUGACAGGCUGGCACCACGGCCGUUCAAAGGUACGCCUGGGAUCCGGAUGAGGAUCACCGGGGCCCACGAAUAA